ACGAGCAAUGGCUGCGAGCCUGAGACUAUGGAGCCUGAAGCCCGCCCGGAUCCUCCGCUGCCCCGUUGCCUCCGGGUCCAGCAGCGGCGCCGCAGCUGGAUCGGGGCAGCAGCCACAGCUGGAGAAACUCACCAGCGCUCGGCAGCUGGAUGGCAUCAGACAUGUUAUCUUGAAUAACCCUAAAAAAAGAAAUGUUCUGUCACUCUCUAUGCUGAAGUGUCUCCGCGAUGAUAUUCUGCAUGAUAUCGAAAGCCAGGCUCUCAGAGUCAUCAUCAUUUCAGCGGAAGGACCUGUAUUUUCCGCUGGCCAUGAUUUAAAGGAAUUGUCUAGUGAACAGGACACGAAGCACCAUAUCGAAGUAUUUGAGACCUGCGCUGAGGUCAUGACUCUGCUCCAAAAACUCCCCGUACCAGUGAUUGCCAAGGUAAAUGGCUUGGCUACGGCAGCAGGCUGCCAGCUGGUGGCGAGCUGUGACAUUGCAGUAGCGAGUGAGAAAUCCAGGUUUGCUACACCUGGAGUCAACAUCGGGCUGUUCUGCUCCACACCGGCUGUGGCCGUGGGAAGAGCCCUUUCUAGAAAGGUUGCAUUAGAGAUGCUGUUCACAGGAGAGCCUAUUUCUGCCCAUGAUGCAUUGCUGCAUGGACUUCUCAGCAGGGUGGUACCAGAAGACAAGCUGGAAGAGGAGACCAUGAAAAUUGCACGCAAGAUAUGUGAAACCAGCCGGUCUGUUGUGGCACUGGGGAAAGCCACUUUUUACAAACAGAUGGCACUGGACCUUGAUGCCGCCUACAGAAUGACCUCCCAGGUCAUGGUGGACAAUCUGACCCUGAAAGAUGGACAGGAAGGAAUAGAGGCCUUUAUUCAGAAACGCAAGCCUACCUGGUCACAUAGCGUGAACACAGCUUGCAAAUGAGUACGCUCAGGCUUAGCUAACUCACACCAGUGUCUUCUCUGUGAAAGUCCCAGGGACUGUAUUUUUGGUGUUGCUGAAAACUAUAUUUCACUUCUGUAUUGUGUAGCCCUUGUGAGGAUGAUGGCCACUGGCAAUGGUGAUGAGGAAGGUACGUUCAGCUCAGACUAUGGGCAAGUCCUCAGAUAGUGUAAAUUGGCAUAGCGCUGGUAAAAGUCACUGGAACUAUGUUGGUUUACACCAGCUGAGGAUCUGGUCUUCUGCCAUUAAGAGGCAACAAUAUUGCACAGCUAUUGGACAGUAUGUCCAGGGUUCAGCAGGGAGAGUGCCUCUAAGCAAAGAUACUGUGUUUCUAACAGUGAAGUUCUGUGCUACUUUGGGUACGUCUACACUUACCUGCCGGUUCGACGCGGAGAGUUCGACUUUUCGGAGUUUGAACUAUCGCGUCUGAUCUAGACGCGAUAGUUCGAACUCCGGAAGCGCCGCGGUCGACUCCAG